GUUGCACAGUCUGUCAUUAACAACAGACUGUACCAUGAUCUGAGAUGCAGCUUUAUGUCUGAGCAGGAGUCUGUGGCUCAGAUAAUCUAUAAUGAUACAUGGAGUUAUGAUUCUUCCCGUACUGAUGAUGAUGGCUUUUCCCUCACCCAGUUUCGAAGAUGAAAGUAGAGAGAAAAGUGAUAGUGAGGAUGCAUGUGAAGGUGACCAGUCUUAAAUUGUAGGACUCAUCAGGAUUUUUUGGACAGAACUUAAUAUAGAUUUAGAUGAUGAGCUGAAGCUAAACAUGGUCCCCUACGAAUGUGUGUGUGAAGGCAUGUCCUGUGGGGCUGAAGAUCGCUGCCGGGGCCAGCAGUGCUUUUCCUCCCUCAGCAUAAAUGAUGGCUCUAAAGUAUACCAGAAAGGCUGUUUCCAAGUCUACGAACAAGGGAAAAUGACAUGCAAGACACCCCCAUCUCCUGACCAAGCUGUUGAGUGCUGUCAGGGAUACUUGUGUAACAUGAAUAUCACCGCACAGUUGCCUACUAAAGGGCAAACUCUUCAGGGAGAAGCUGUGGGUUACACUGUGGAAACACUAAUCCUUGUUAUACUGGCUCCAGUACUAGUGCUGAUAAUCUUUUCUGCGGUAGCUGUGUUGAUCAUCAGAAAAAUCCAGAAACACCAUAUGGAAAGGCUCAAUUCCAGAGAUGCCGAGUAUGGCACAAUUGAAGGACUCAUUGCAUCAAAUGUUGGAGACAGUACAUUGGCAGACUUACUGGAUCAUUCCUGUACAUCUGGCAGUGGCUCUGGUCUUCCUUUCCUGGUGCAAAGAACAGUGGCUCGUCAGAUUACACUUGUAGAAUGUGUAGGAAAAGGCCGAUAUGGAGAGGUCUGGAGAGGGCAGUGGCAAGGAGAAAAUGUUGCAGUGAAGAUCUUUUCUUCCCGAGAUGAAAAAUCCUGGUUCCGGGAAACUGAAUUGUACAACACUGUAUUACUGCGGCAUGAAAAUAUUUUAGGUUUUAUUGCUUCAGAUAUGACCUCCAGAAACUCUAGCACCCAGUUGUGGUUAAUUACACACUAUCACGAAAUGGGGUCUUUGUACGACUAUCUACAGCUCACAACGCUUGAUACUGUCAGCUGUCUACGAAUAGUUCUGUCCAUAGCCAGUGGUCUUGCACAUUUGCACAUAGAGAUAUUUGGGACACAAGGGAAGCCUGCUAUUUCGCAUCGGGACUUGAAGAGCAAAAAUAUCCUUGUUAAGAAAAAUGGACAAUGCUGCAUAGCAGAUUUAGGUCUUGCAGUUAUGCACUCCCAAAGCACUAAUCAGUUGGAUGUGGGGAACAACCCUCGUGUGGGUACCAAGCGUUAUAUGGCUCCAGAAGUGUUGGACGAAACCAUCCAAGCAGACUGUUUUGAUUCUUAUAAAAGGGUUGACAUCUGGGCUUUCGGACUGGUUCUCUGGGAAGUUGCCAGACGUAUGGUUAGCAAUGGUAUUGUAGAAGACUAUAAACCACCAUUCUAUGAUUUGGUUCCUAAUGACCCAAGUUUUGAAGAUAUGAGAAAAGUGGUCUGUGUAGAUCAGCAAAGGCCAAACAUUCCCAACAGAUGGUUCUCAGACCCAACAUUAACAUCCCUUGCCAAACUGAUGAAAGAAUGCUGGUAUCAAAACCCAUCAGCAAGACUAACAGCCCUGCGAAUCAAAAAGACUUUGACCAAAAUUGAUAAUUCCUUAGAUAAGCUGAAAGCUGACUGUUGACACUUUUUUUUUUCAUGGAGCAAUCCUGAUGGAAGGCUUUUGUCUGGCUCAGAAGUAUUCUGGCCUGACAAGUUUUAGAAUGGGUCCCAAAUGGCUUCUUUAUAGUGGCAGAAGUUCUUACCUAGUCAUCUGUUUGGGAGGCAGUGGAACCAUAAGAACUUUUGUUCAUUGACUUUAAUGGGCAUUUCACGAAUGGUCAAGCUACACAGACUCAUGGUGGAAGUACUGUUUCAAAGGUAGUGGCCUGAAGGAAGACAGAGAAAUUCUAAGACAAGAUCAGGGCAUUAAACAAUGGUUUUAAUAGACUUUUUUGUUUGUUUUUAUUCUUUGUUUUUUAUGUCUCCUAGUCACUCCCAGGGUAAACACAUGGAAGUGGUAAAUUUUAAUCAGCAAUAUUGCCUGUGCUUCUCUUCUUUAUUGCACUAGGAAUUCUUUGCAUUCCUUACUUGCACUGUCACUGUUAAUUUUAAAGAUACGACUUGCCAAAAAUAUGAUUGGUUAUGUACUCCAUUGAUCUAUGCCUGAAAUAUAGGAAAUCAAUUU